CCUUCGCUAACUCAGCUGCUAUCAGCGCCGCACUAACAUGGUCAGCACGUUAUCGCGUCCAUUGACUUAACUAUAGAAACUAACCGCCUACUGUGGAAACAGAGCAGCAUACAGAGAUUAACACAUUUAUCCUGCUCUGCUGUUCAGACUCGCUGAAGUGAGUUCAGUCGAAUUUCUCUUUAGCCUAAACUUUAAAGCGACGGCGGUCGUCUCUCUCUCUCUCUCUCUCUCUCUCUCUCUCUCUCUCUCUCUCUCUCUCUCUCUCUCUCUCUCUCUCUCUCUCUCUCUCGAUGAUUCUUCGCUAAGUCCUCAAGUGCUGCUGCUUCAGACCCCGUAGCCGCAUGGCAUUCCAUAGUCAGCAGUGCGAGUCACUCAACUAUCCUGAGGAAAACGACGAGACGCUAAGCGAGGUGUUCCAGACUGGACUACACUCGAGACUGCACAGCCCUAAGGCCUCCACUGACCACGCCAUCCCAAUGCACAGAACAAUGGAAGGACCGCCAUUCAGCCACCAACACUUUCCCAUGUGCCAUGACUUCCCUCAGUCCCCCAAUGAUCAGUUUUCCAGAUACAAUCAGCAGACACCUUACCCCAGCCAGGCCGAUGCUAACAGGGUAGACCCGGAAGCCCACUGGCACUACCCCAGCUACCGCAGCAGAAACUCUGAGGGAUGUUACACAAACAGCCUGCCGUCCUACCUGCCCUCCAAGGACUACCGCAGCUUCCCUGGAGGCGGCUGCUUCUUCACCAGCGGGCCGCACUCUUUCCCAGGCAGACACAGCCCUGGCAUCAGCAGCCUGGAGCAGCCCAGGUCUCUACACUCCUUUCCCCCAGCUCCGUCUCUGCACACACAUCAUGCUAUGCCCUUUCCUGGCCUUCAUCCCAACAUGCCCUGCUGGGGUCAGUGUGGGCCAGUCCCGCUCCGAGUAGGCCACCCCCAUCAUCUCAGCCCUGGACCUGGAUACCACCUGCCCUACAACAGAGGCCCAGAGCACUACAGACACGGACAUGCAGGAAGCACUGAAAAUGGACGCGUCUCUCCCAGACCAAGGCAGGAGAGUCCCUGCAGCUCGCAGCUCUCCCAGGAACAGAGAAAAGUGUUUGUCACGUAUGAGGCAGACAGCGAAGAUCACCUGAAGGAGAUCAUCAAGUUUGUUGCUUUGCUCAGGAACAACGGCUUCGACACACAUAUCGAUGUUUUUGAGCAACAGCUGAACAGCAUCAGUAAGAUUGACUGCAUGGAGAGAUACCUCAAUGAGAAAGAUUACCUGAUUAUCAUUAUCAUCAGUCUGAAGUAUUUUGAGACAGUGACGGGUGCCAGUAUGAGUGUGGAGUGUGAUGAGAGGACAUCCAACACCGUCUACAUUCACAAACAGCUUCAAAGUGAGUUCAUUCAGAACGGCUGUAAGAACUUCAGGUUCAUUCCUGUCCUUUUUCCUGGGGCGAAAAAGAGUUAUGUUCCAUCAUGGCUGCAGAACACACACGUGUACAGCUGGCCCCGGGACCGGGAUGAUAUUUUGCGGAGGCUAAUGCGGGUGGAAAAGUACAACCCCCCACCCAUCGGCCCGCUGCCCACCAUCGUCUCAGUGCCCAUCUAACGCUGCCACACUGCAUUUAGUAGCAUUUCAAAAGCGCAACACAGAAUUUUUAACUCAGAUGACUUCGACGUUCACCAUGCUUGACUGCUAGCUUUCUAAAUAUUUCAGUUCUUGUAAAAUACUAUGAAUUGACGUGACAUAAACAUAAAACAGAACGCAAGUCACUUUAGUGGAAAAUAUGAAUUGAUAUCAUCUAGAAAAUGAAAAACAUUUAAAUCAUUUGUUUCAUCAAGCAUGUAGUGUAUUUCAACAUCGCUCCCAAAGGUGUUUCGCAAGUGCUGUGUUGAACACUGCUAUUUCCAGGACAGCUCUCUGUUUUUGCACAUGCGCAGACUGAAAAAAGCGAAAGAAAUCAGAGUAAGGGCACACAUGCAAUGAGAAGCCUGAUCACUCAGCUAAAAUCCAGCUCUCUUUAUCAGACUUUUUAAUCAGGUUUGUAGGCAAUAUUCCAAUCUAGGAAAUCAGAGUAUGCUGGUAACAUCACCACAUGAAUAAGCAGAUUACAACCAAAAUCUGAUAAUGUUUGGAUCUUUAAGCUCAUUGAUCAAGUGCAUUAGUGCUAGGGAGGGGGGACAGGGCAGCAUGUUAGAUGUAGUUUGGACCUAAACUCUGCAGGAAUCUCCAGAAGAGGGUUGGUGACCUCUGACACACUUUGUGUAAGUACAGGGUUGAGUUCAGGAAGCUGGGUCAUAAUUAAAUAUUGUUUAUCAUGUACAUUAAGAGAAAAGAGUUAUCACCAAGAAUAAUGUACAGAUAUAUGUUACUCACAUCAUCUUGUUUGUUUAUUGAAUGAAUAUCUGAGGCCAAAUGAAUUAACUCUUGGACUCGACAAUAAUUUUAGACAUUGUUCUGUUCCUUGCUUUACAAAAGUGUUCGGCAUCAUUAGCAUUACUUUCUGACACAGAUAAGAAAUAUUUUGAAAAAAAGCUGGUAGAGAAGUCACUAGAAGUCUUUAGUUGUUUUAAUGAUUUAUUGAUCAUUGAACAAAAUUCAGUUGAUUGUUUUUUUCUUUCAGUUUUUUUUUUCUUGUUUACAUGUUACCAUUGCAGAAUUAUUUGAUUCCACUUAAUGAAUAAGUGGUGUGUUAGCAUAUGGCUGGCAAUUAAAACAAUGAAGCUUC